AUGGGGGCCGGUGCAGAGCAGUAUCCCUGGGGGAGUGGGCUAUCCGACCCGGCAGCCCUCCCUCCGCAAAUCGCGGCAGGAAUGUCGCGCACGCGGGUGGUGCCACGCCUGAGGGGCGGAGCUUCGGGAGGAAGCCGUUGUCUCUCGACGGGCCGCGGAGAGGGCGGGUCGUUGCGCCUGCGCGGCGAGGGUGGGGUGGAAGGCGGAGCAGCGGCGGACAUGCAGGCGGCAGACGCAGGCGCAGGCUGCGCGGCGGGCGGUGCCGAUGGCGAGGGUGGCGCGGGAGUACUCAGCUCGCCCCGCGGCGGAGCGGAUCCCGCGGCGAAUGCGGCCGGAGGAGCUCCCCAUGUCUCGCGAGCAUCGCACGACCCAGGCCCCGGUGGAGACGUCGCGCCCGUGGCCAGAGUGCCGGAAAUCCGACUACACAUAUUCUCUCUCAGCGUGCCUUUCCCGACCCCCUUAGAGGCGGAGAUCGCCCGCGGGUCCCUGGCCCCAGAUGCCGAACCCCACCAAGGGGCUGUCCGGAAGGAGCUCACAGUGAGCGGCAGCAUCCUCGCCAUCUGCUGGAGAGCUGAAGACUCUCGACUCCUCCGAAUUUCCAUCAUCAACUUUCUUGAACAUCUUUCCCUGGUGGUGUGGACCAUGCAGCGCUUUGGGCCCCCCGUUUCCCGAUAGGCCUGGACUGAGAAAAGGGGCAAAGGUCUAACCUUAGGUCCCCCCCAGGCAGUGCAUCCUUCCCCAGUGCAAUGAUUCCUACAGUCGUUGCCACUUGAGUGUGGGGGCCUAAAUGGUUUGCCUAUAUUGGCCCUUGGGUGCUUGGGGUCCACUUUUUUCUUUUGGCGCUGAAACGUUUUUUAGCACAGAAAAUAAAACAGAGCUACUAUUCUGA